AUGUCCGAGUACUACCAAGGGCCUAACAAUUCGGCCAAGCUCAAAGCCGUGACGCUUACGUUGCUGGCUAGCGCUACUAUUUUAGUCAUAUGGAGGAUAUCCUGGCGUCUCUGGAAAAAGGUCAUUGGACUACCAGAUUACCUGUUGAUAGUUGGUCUGUCCCUGAGCGUAUGUCUUGCUGGCUUCAACCUAGACCCAUACUUCCGAUGGGGCUAUGGUUAUCACAAAGAUGAUCUGCCGCCAGAUAUCCAGAAAGCUCUGACGCCUAAAAUUUGCUUCUGGCUCAACCAGGUCUUUUUCAAGGCGACAGCGGGCGUGAUCAAGCUUUCUAUUUGUACUAUCUAUAUGAACAUCUUCAGCAAACCUGUUCUCUUGAGUACAAAAAUUGCACGGUAUGCCAACUUUGCCCUGAUGGGCGUCAACAUUGCCUAUUACACUGGCGGCACUCUAGUGUCGACCUUCCAAUGCAACCCAAUUCGUAAAGCCUGGCAAGGGGAUCUCGACGGCACAUGCAUCGACAACACCAAAUUCCGUGUAGCAAAUGCCUACAUCAACUCCUUCACGUCCGUCUUGCUCGUCUUGAUACCAUUUCCUGCUCUUCUGUCAACAGGGCAUCGGAAUAAGGAAAUAUGGCAAUUUCUCUUUCUCAUUGCGUUGGGACUUGCACAUACGGCUUGCGCUGUGGUUCGCGUUGUGAUGAUCUACGUGCCUAAUGAAGGAGCUGCAACUGAUCCUCACUGGUAUAAUACCACGCCCAAUACUCUCGCCAUGGCCGAAAUAUUUACUGCCGUCAUUGUUUCCACUAUCAUGACAAUGCGCCCUUGUUUCCAGGUUGUUUUUAGCGGGAUAGCAACGACUGUAACGAGUGCCUCACACACGCGAAAAACUAGGAUGGAUAGCUCGGGUGUUAUGGCAUCAACCACGAGCCAAAAACGAAAGGUCGAUCGUCAAGGGUUUAGCAAGAUUGGGCCGACCAAGACUGAGGUGCUCAAUAUCGAGCUGCAGAGCAGAGACCGUAGCACGGAAGAGCUAUUUGCGCCUGGCCACUAUCCCAGCACAAAGCAUGAAAAUGUAUAG